GUCAGACAGAUAAUAUUAAUUCAACGAAUCAUGCUGUUGAAAUAAUGUAAGCAGCUCUAACAAAAGAACAGCAAAUGCUGUUUUUUUGAGGAGGAAUGUGUUGAAAAAUAUAGGCUAUACCACGAGCAAUUUUCUCAUCUCUAUGAUUUAAAACGAGAUGGAAACUAAUUUAAUAAAUAUAAGAAUGAAAUGAUAACAGCUGCAUUUUGACUCAGUGAACAGGCUACAUUGGCUAAUAAAAUCGCUAUAGCCUAUGAAAGUCCAAAACGAACUAUUUAUAGCAUAGGCUAGCCUACUUGCUUGUUUUUUUCCUUUAAUAGAUGAGGCAUAAAACAUUUAAUUGGAGCGAUAUUUUAUUAAAUAGCACUGUGCUUGAAACAAAGCAGAGCAAUGGCUGAUAUGGUUUUAUCAGUGCGAUAACGUAGGCUACUGUACCAAAACUUGGAGACCACGGUUGUUGAAUGACCUGUUAUAACAUUUUUUACAUUGAGCUUUGAAAGGCUGCAGGCUACACGCCAACAUGCUAUCAUAGCAUACGCGCACGCAGCAGCUCGCAAACUUCACAUUCAAGCACAGAGCUACAAACACAGCCGUCUUGAUCCAGAUCUUAUCCUCCCACACAAACACGGACACAGUCUUCAUUGGUGCUCCUGGCUCCUGCAGAGCAGUGGCGCUAUCGGGUGUCAAUCAGAGAGAGAGAGAGAGAGAGAGAGAGAGAGAGAGAGAGAGUGGGAGGGAGAGAAGCUUGGGAUGCUGAUCAGUGAUCCUCGCUGAGAGGAUGCUAUCGAUCAGGCUUGCAGAUGUUUUCCCCACUACUUUGCUAAACAUGCUGACUUUUUCUGCUCCUCAUUGGGUAAUUGGAUAAGGUAGGUGUUACCAAAUCGCUGAAGUUUAAUCGUUUUGUCCAAUGUCUUGAUUCUUCCUGUUCAGAUGGAUGCCUGGUUGCACUGGGGAAACGUUUGUCUUGGUGUUCGUACAUUUUUCAGUGAUUUUGGUUAUUUUUCUUUUCAUGUGCGCAGGUAAUAUAAGCAGCGGCUGCUGCACACUGCAUGGGAAAGCCGAGUCAUCAAUGCAGAACCCCUCAGCGCUGUUCGGGAUGGUCAGCCACUGUCAGACCCCGACGUUCACAGACUUCUCCGGCUUGUCCCUCGCCGUGUACGGCGGCAAGGCGGACUUCUGCACGCGGCGAGCCGGGACCGGUGGUUUUGGAUCUCAGAUAUGCCGGAACUCCCUUGACGCCUCGACUCACAUGAACUGCGCCAGCCCGAAGAGACUCAGCGCGUCCGAGGAAAAAGCGCAUCUGUCAGCCAAAGCCCCGCGCUCGUGCCUCUCUCUCCCACCCGUGCAAGUGAAUGGUGCCUACUGCUCAGAGAAGGAUGUAGACGCUGAUCUAGGUGACGUUGAGGGCGCCCUGAUGCGAUGUGGGCAGAGCUUGCCACUGCUGGUAGGGGGUCAUUUAGGGGGGCUUUAUACCCAGAGCCUCAACUGCGACAGACCUACACCCGACCUCCUUCUGCACGAUGGCCCUCACCAAGACGGCAGAUCCUCCUCUGCCUUCCAAAGGAACCUGCCGGGGGCCUCACCCGGCCUGGGCUGCGGCACUGCCAAUGGGGGUCACUCCUCUCUCCCUUACCCAAUCAAACAGGAGAAUUCUAUGGGCUACAAGAUCUCCGGGGUCCAUAGCACGUCUCAGGCCGGGUUUCAGAACUUUAGGGCCGGCCAAGUUUUAGGGUUGACAAGGGACGAAAUAGUUGGAGCAACUAGCAACAACGGUAGUAGCGUAUGCACAGUGAGCGGCAUAGGUAGUGCUGUGUCAGGGGACGCAGUGCAACCGUUUAAUAAUGGAGAUGGCUCCUCCCCGCUGGCUUUGUCCCCAGCUGGCUCCCGUCAUUCAGCGCGGCUGCUCAGUGCUAGCAGUCUGAAGCGACGCUGCCUGUCCCUGGCUUCACAGUCCACUGCCGCUGCUGGCAGCGUUGCUGCCACAGGUUCCCCAUCAGCUACUGGCGCUGCUUCCGAGGAGAUCAAUAUCACCGCCAUCAUCUGCUCCUCCUCCCAGAUGUCGAUGGUUGCCUGCGUCAACGGGUUCCGCUCUAACCUCUCGCCCAGCCACGCCAGCAGUGCCGGCCUCUCCUCCUCUUCCUCCUCCUCUUCUACAUCCUCACCCUCUAACUCUUGCCCACGGGAAACCGCCCAGAGGCCCCCACCUCACGGCAGCCCCCAGCAGGCCACGCUACAGGAGAGCUGUAAGCUAUCGUCACCUGCUACCUGCCUGCUGUCCCUUUCCUCCUCCUCCUCCUCCUCCUCCUCUUCAGUGUCAUCAGUGGAGCUGGAGCAGGGCCAGGGGCAUAGCCAGGGGCUGUGUGAGGAGCAGGGCUCCAUGCUGCACGGGAGUGGGGCUGGAGGAACCGCUGGGGGAAGUGUGGGGGGAGGAGAAGGAGGCUCGGACGGGUUGGGGCUACUGAUGAGUGGGGCCCUGAUGUCUGGGAUGCUCCAUACAGGUACUGAAACUGGGGCUCUCCUGGACAGGGGCCAAAGAUCAGGGGCUGCCCUUAAGCAAGAGCCCCUGGAUGAUUUUUCUCCCAGUGAAGAUGAACUCUUUCAGCACCACUAUCAUCAUCACCACUUGAGUGAUCGCGCCGGGCACCUUCGUCACCCUCACCCCUCUCGCCCUUCUAUGCCUCCACCCUACUACCUGCACCAAUACGUGGGGCACAGUCCUGGGGGUCUGCUGCACCACCAGAGCCAGCAAACAGUAGCACCACCCUCUUCCCUGGGACUCAAACCGACCUCUGGAGGCCCUCCUGGGUCUCACACAGCCCCAGAGCGGGAGGAGGUUGAAGGAGGAGCACUGGCCGAUAAGCAGGUGUGUCGCUGGAUUGACUGCAGUGCUGCGUACGAGCAGCAGGAGGAGCUUGUUAGGCACAUUGAGAAGGUACACAUCGACCAGCGCAAAGGCGAGGACUUCACCUGCUUCUGGGCUGGCUGCAUUCGCCGCUACAAGCCCUUCAACGCCCGCUACAAGCUACUCAUUCACAUGAGAGUCCACUCCGGAGAGAAACCCAACAAGUGUAUGUUCGAGGGCUGUAACAAAGCGUUUUCGCGUCUGGAGAACCUGAAGAUCCACCUGAGGAGCCACACAGGAGAGAAGCCAUACCUGUGCCAGCACCCCGGCUGCCAGAAAGCAUUCAGCAACUCCAGCGACCGCGCCAAGCAUCAGCGCACUCACCUGGACACGAAACCAUAUGCAUGUCAGAUCCCCGGCUGUACCAAGCGCUACACAGACCCCAGCUCCCUACGCAAACAUGUCAAGAUCCACUCGGCCAAAGAGCAACAGGUGCGUAGAAAGCUUCGGCCCUGUCCUCACCUGGAGCAGGACAUCCUGAGUGACUGCCUGUCCAUGCAGCACCUCCAGAGCUCUACCACCACACAGCACCUCUACAACAGCAAAGACGGCCGUUCUCCUGGACUGGGUCAAGACAUCUUCACAGGCCUGUACACUGGCUCCAGCACCCCCCAUCACAGCGCCUCAGUGGAGCUCCUCUCUCCUACCCCUAACCCCUCCUCUGCCUCCGCCACUGACCUGACGUCCCGACAGCACCGACUGGACCGGGAACUCGGCAGCCCUCAUCAUCUGUCCCCACUGGCCGCCAUGGACAGCACGAGAGACGGGGUGUCGGAUCCCCUCCUGUCUCCGGGGAUAAAGGGAACAGGGACUCCUCCUCCUCCUCCUCCUCCUCCUCUGGAGAAACAGCAUGUCCACCCUCACCACAAGCCCUACUCUCACUAUCACCAGCAUCAGUCUGCCAACGACGAAUACCAAGGCAGCUUUCAGAGCUGCUUCCAUUUUGGAGACUCCUACAGGAUGGAGCAGACGGUCGGAGGCGUCCAUGUCCCGGGAGAUUCUCACUCCUACACUUCCCAUCAACAGAAUGGCUUCCACAUGUCGACAAGCAACACAGGCACGGCAGGCUUCAGCAUGACCCAGGAGCUGCAAGGCGGCGCAGGGUGCCAGUUCUCUUCCAGCCCAGAGGAGAGCAUUUUCUUCCAGGUGGGCAGCUUUGACCGUAGCCUGAGCCACAUGUCCUCCGUCUACACAGAGACAUAGAGCAACACUGGAGCCGGGCACGCUUCACCACACCUACUCUGCAGUCCUUCCACAGCCGUCUUAACACACCUGGAUCACCUCUUCCCCAGCUCCUGUUUCUGGUUCUUUGUUUUAUGCAAGAUAUGGGUCACACAUUAAAUCAGAGUAAUUUAUAGCUUCUUCUGACCUGCAUAACUGCCAGAUGAAACAGACAUAAAGACGUUUGGAAGUCAGUUUAGUAUACUGCCGUGUGAUUAACUGUUUACCUGGAACUAUAUGAAUGGUCAAGAUGUAAACGGCACUAAUAAUCCGAAUAGGUAAGAAGAAUAGUGGUUCCCAAACUGUUUUGCUUGUGACUAAUUAAAACAACAAUGUCACGUCACUGGUUGCAUGUUUUCCAGAUGUUACCAAUUGAUUUUCUACCCCCUUGUCUUAAAAAUUAUCCUUUAGAAAAUAGGCAAAGAUUUGAGGUAUUGUCUGCGUUUAUAUGCUGUUAAAGGGUUGCUCAGCUGAUUAUACACAUGAAGCUCAGUUUAAUUGUCAAGAGGAGCAGUACUCAGCCUGUGAAAACAGUUGUAUGUUGUCUCCUAUGGGAGCCUGUGGGAGCUUUCCGAUAACUACUCACAUUAAAUAAAGGAAUGACUCAAGUCAAAUAAAUGACCCUUUCUUAUCAGUAAAGAAAAAGAAAGCUGAGGAAAUCAGAUUUUUUUUCGCCGUUCAAAUAGCCAUGCUCUUCAUUUCUUAGGUUCAGAAUUACAUUUAUUGGCCAAGCACUCAUCAUGUACAAAAAAAUCUGACUUGGUGACACUGGUCCUAAGACGCUCAACAGUACAAUCAGAUCAAGCUCACACAAUGUUUUUAGCUUCAAUAUUUCUAUCUUACUGAAAAUUGUUCUUUGAACUGCGUGUAAUUACACCCAGAGCAACUUAAAACUGGAGUCGAACUCCUUGGAUGUGUACACAUAGUUGGCCAAUAAAGCAGAUUCUGAUACACAAACAUCAAACACUACAAAACUCCUGAAUAGAAAUGAAAUGUCCUCUCCCUCCUCGUCGUGCUUUCUCUCUCUAAUCUACAUCAUUCAAUCUAUUUUGACUGAAGUGUAGAAAAGAAUAUAUCACGUUGCCGUGUUGUUUUAACAGUGGGGGAAAAAAAUGUUUGCAUUUCUGUAUUUUGUUGUUAA